UUCUCCUCUUGUUUGGACUGAAGCUAUUUGGACUGAAGCCAUUGUACAAAAAAGCCGGAAAGAGCUGUUGAAAUAUUAUUUUGUUUACGACUUACAGCUCAUGGCUGAUCCCAGCUCUACAGCAGAAAUGCCAGGAAACCACAACACCUCACAUGACCCAUUGAGCGACAGUCUCGAAUACUUGCUAGCAUCACGACAAUCGCAUCAGGACGACACAACUGACAUCAAUUGCUGCUGUGGCGAGAUUGAAUGUCCAAGCCAGAAGCAAUAUGAGCAGAGUCUCCAAAAGGCGGAAUCAGACGCAAGAUUAGCUGCAGAAAUUGGCCAAACUUUGCUGCAUAAGCAUGAACGCUACACAAUGGACGCUCAGGCCAUUCAAGCCGAGUUGGAACAGAAGAUCAAAUUAAUUUCCGCCGAAAAGAAAGAGUUGGAAAGGCUGAACCAUGAAGCAAAGAUUGAAAACGAGCAAGCGAAAGACGACCGAGUUAGAGCUAUUGCUGAACGAGAGAGAUCGAAAAAGAUGGUAGAAGCUGUGCAAAAAGACCUCGAAAUAAUCUCUAUACGGUGUAAGAACUUAGAGGACGAAAAUCAAGCUAAGAAGUCAGAAAUCGCAGAAAUUAAGGCAUUGCAAGUGAUAGUUGCGCAGAGCCAUUCUAUGGAGCAAACAAUGCAGAGCAAGGUUGACGACCUUUUGCAAGAGCUUAGCAGUGUACAAAAAAACGAAGCAGCGGUCGAGUCCAAGUAUCGAAAGCUGAAAUCUCGAUACGAGGCACUGCAUGCAUCAUAUCAUAUGACGAAACGACAGAUGAAAGAGCUGGAGAGUAGCAGUGAAGAUUACAAGGCACUGGCUUGGUUGAAGGAAUCUAAUAACAAGAUGCGACAAGACUUAUUACAUAUUUCCAAAGGUUCUCCCAAUAAAGAAACACAAGGCGCUCAAUUAAUCUCAUUAAUUCAGGAGCUUGCCACAGCAAAUAACAAGCUUAAAGGAGAAAUCUUAAAUCAACAAGAGACCAUUUCAGCACUUUCUUCACGUGUACAAGAAGCGGAAAAUGAUACAAAGAACGACGAGGAUGAGGAUUACGACCACAUUCAUCAUAAUGCAGAAUCAAGGGAUAAUUUUUCUAUUCCAAUGCCCAAGCAUAAACAUGCAAAAUCAACCGAUAUGUCAAGCCAAUUAAGUGGAUCAUGGACGAGCAGUAUCUUAGCUACUUCUCCUCCUCGAUUCAAUGUAAACGUGCCCGAGGAUGUCGGCAAUCAUAAACCUCAACCUAUAUCCCUACUAUCGAAGCUGGAAGAGGCGCAAAAGUCAAACCUGUCACAGUCACUGCCUGGAAAACCAAUAAUGUUUAAAAAGCCGGAGAGCAUGAUCAGUGUUGAUACUUACGCAGGAGAUGCCUCUAUCAACCCACAGCGCAGUACCAGUACACCUAUGAAGACCAAAUUUGGCUCCCCAUUAUCUCAGUCCAGUAUAUUCGUGACUCCUUCACCACCCCACUCACCAAGUUAUGGUGGACAAGAGUUACGUCACCCAUACAAGGUGCUAUAUGACCUUGCGUUUAAUCUACAGAAGAGACUCAGCGGCACGGAAAUAAGAAUUCUCAAUCGAAGGCUGCAUCGUGCAUUUGAUAUGCUCAAGUUAACGGAUUUAUCCAAUUCUAUCAUUGAAAAUGUAAAUCAAGAUAUUCAAGCAUUGGAUAGUCGAUUUUCAUGGGUUCAACAAGGCGUCAAGGAUCAAGAGCAACCAUGGGCUCAGGAAACAAUUUCUCUCGGCAGCUUCUUUGUCAUGGUCAAGCUUGUGCAGGAUCUUUUGGCGGAGAUAGGAAAUUUACGGACGACGUUAAACAGUUUGCAGGUCGAAUACGUUAACAAAGUCAACGAGAAUCAAAGCUUUGUUGAAAAGGCAUUGGAAGAGCAAUCAGAUUCAAGCAAGCUAGACAAGUCUGAGUCUAAACAGACGGAUAAUACAGGAACGUUUGCCUGGCUUUCGUCCAUAAUAUAUCGGACGUCCGGCUCCGUUGCGUCUGUCAAAAACAGCGAUGACGACUCAGUCCAUUCUAGCACAGAAGAAAUUUCUGAAGCUGGCAACACGAGUUCUAUAUCUUACUUAUCUAAUUCUAUAUAUCGAAUUGCAAACACUUUGCAAGGUGGCCAAAAAUAUUGAGAAAUUAAACGUUUUCGGCUAAAGUAUAAAGAUCUGAGGAAAUGAUUCAUCUGAAAUUAUCGGGGCUCAGCCAAUAAAAUCAGUUCACUCAUUGUGUCUCACGUAAAAGUCACUU